GUUGUUGAAGCAAUGAUGGCGGCAGCGGGAUGCGGAUCAGCAACCGCGGCUGCCGUAGGAGGCCAAGGUGGAACCGCUACGGCCAGAGGUCGUUUCCCCGGUCGGCCUUGGUCGUCACGCAGUCGUUUGCGCUCCGAGAAGCGAUGGCAACUCGGACGAUCAGGCUCAGAAGCUGAUGAUGUGACUAACGGAGGGCCAAGGCCCGCAAACCUGGUUCUAUCGUUAAACGAUGACCAGUCUCACUUACGUUUGCUUGGAAUAGAGGCGAGCCACCAGACCCUUGGCCAGGCUGGAUACAGCUCUAGUGGGAGUGAAGAGGUGAGGUCCCAAACCGACCCAGGAGGAGAUGACUUUAGAGGAUUUGAAGCUGAGAGAAAAGGCUCCAAAGGACCUGUAUGGUCACGACAAAACCCUUCCAAAGGUGAUGCUGUCAGCACAAAAUCUAAACGACAAAGUGAGAAGCUACCGCAUAAAACGCCAGCAGUGGAGGCAGAUAUUACCCCACCUGAUCAUGUAAAGGAUGUAAAAUCCUUGGAGGAAACACAAGGAUUAUAUCCUGAAGCAGAGCCUGAAAAGGAUUGCAGGAAAGUUUUGAAAGGCAAAAGCACUAUGGAUCGACAGUCCACGAAAGGCGGAGCCUCAUCAGCAGCACCAAGGAUUACUAUAAAGUUGGUGGCCAAAAAGAAAAUUAAAACCGUAAUGGAGCCUCGUAAAAAAUCUGCAAAGAAGUUGAAGAUAAAAGAAAUCCAGGAUCAGCCCAAAGCCAAGGAUAUUCAGGGCGACCAGAUUUCAAGUGCUCAUGUCAAAUUAAAAACUGAACCGCAUGAGGACGAACAUGGCACAGAAGAUAAGAGAGGGGGGACUGUACCUGCAAGAAGGCGUGGGAGAUCUGCCUCAAAGACAACCGAGCCUGUCUGCCAGACUAGCGCCAAAGUUGUGGUUGAAGACCAAAAAACGAAAGAUGGAAAAUCGACCGAUCUAUUUGACACUGUAAAGGAGAGCGUGACUGUGGAGCCAAAAACAAAUGCAAAGAAAUUAAAGCAUAAAGAAAUUGUGACCGAGCAAGGUUUGGAAGUUAAUCAACAAGUCAUUCGUAGGAGCAAUAGAGUCACUAACCCAUUCACUAAAAGAGUCUCAGACAGUGCAGCUGAACCAGAAAGUCUGAAUAAAAGUGAUGCCAUUCUGGUGGAGUCAAAGCCAGAAGUUUCUCAAACAGUGGAGACCAAAUCAUCAGUGAAAAGUGACAGGCGAAGGCAAAGCAAGAGGCUGAAUAAGGAUGCUACAGUGCCAGAAAACCAUGGUCCAUCAUCCACAGAGACGGAUCAUUUAGCUGGAUCCAGUGACAGUUUGCCUUUGAAAAACGAGGAUAUACGAGUCCCAAGUUUAAAGUUGAUGAAGAUCAAAAACCCAAAAUAUGAUUCACAAGCCAGUAAGAAGAAUUCUACUCGAAAGAAGAAAAAACCAAGAAAGAAAUUUGUCUGGACUUUAACAUUAGUGAAGGGAGAAAGCCAGGCAAUGGGUACUGAAAACACUGUCAAAGUAACAGAGAAGACUGUAAGUGAAGAGGAACCGUCCACCUUUUGUGACCUCAGUGUCGACAAGAGUUUGAAGACUGUGGAUAAAAAAUCCAAACUGGAUAACUCAGCCCCACAAGAGAGUAAAAGCUUAGACAAUAAUGAGAAUGGUUCCCAAAACGAAGUUGGCGUGUCAAUUGAGGAUCAGUCCACUUUACAGGUAGAAGUUGAAGUGGAACACGCAAAUAAAACUCCUCCACAAGAAAUUACUAAAAUGGAUUGCGGGAAAGUUCCACCUCUUCAGAUCAAAAAGGUCUCCUCUCCUGGGAAACAUAAAAGCUCAAAGCCAUCCUUUUUAAUUCAGCAAGUUAGCCCUGUGUCUGACAAGAAAGAGGAUGUUCUGAAGGAUCUAAGUGAAUUCAAUGAGGAUAAACCAUCAUGUCUGGAUACUGAAGUCCCACCAACUAGGAGACUAAGGAGGAGGACAUCAAGCUUUGAUUUACCACCAACAAAGUCUGUCAGUCAUAAGCCAGUUACAACUCAGAAACGCAGGCUUAGAACAAGUCCACAGGAUGAAGAUACGCCGCAGGUGCGCGUUGAAGGUUCCUCUCAGGCUUCAACUGAAGAUUCCAGCUCACACGGUCUUCCUAAAAACUCUUGUCAGGAUUUGGCCGAGGACCCCGCACAGGAGACCAGUGUAAACUCCACUGAUGUUCCUGAUAAGGAUUCCUCAAAGAUCGCUGAUGAUUCCUCAAAGAUCGCUGAUGAUUCCUCAAAGAUCGCUGAUGAGUCCUCAAAGAUCGCUGAUGAGUCCUCAAAGAUCGCUGAUGAGUCCUCAAAGAUCGCUGAUGAGUCCUCAAAGAUCGCUGAUGAUUCCUCAAAGAUCGCUGAUGAUUCCUCAAAGAUCGCUGAUGAUUCCUCAAAUAUCGCUGAUGAUUCCUCAAAGAUCGCUGAUGAUUCCUCAAAGAUCGCUGAUGAUUCCUCAAAAAUCACUGAUGAUUCCUCACAGGUGCCAGUUGAAGUUUCUCCACAGAAGGUGGAUAAUGAGAUAGAACCACAGAUCAAAGAGGCCAAACCAUUGCCUGUGCCUUCCAAACCUAGAAGAUGUAGAAAUAAUAAACUAGGGAAAAAGAGGUCUGUCCAAAGGAAGAAGACUAUUGUCUCUCCUGAAACUGCUGUCAGCGCAGAGGCUACUGUCACCCAGUCUGUGCCAAAGGAGGAUGCUCAGCCUUUAGUAACAGAAGUAAGCCAGUCAGAAACAAAAGAUUGCACCCAGCCUGAGGCAAAACAGGACACUGUGUCAGUGGAAGAAGAGCAGAUACUGCCAUCGGUAAAAGAGGAAACCGACAUUCUAUUGAUAGAUAGUCAACCGUCUUUGGUGGCAGAAAGGCCAGCAUGUGAUCCAAAAACACCGCGGCUACAAAAGAAAUCUCUCAAAAAGGUAAAAAAGAGGCGUAAAAGUUUGAUUGGGCAGCGUCAGAAACACAGGCACAGGAGCAGAGAUGGGAAGUUUGCUCCCCUUAAAUUAUCUGACAGUCGGAAAAUUGUUGAGUGUGACAGUGACAUUUCCACCCCGGUGGCAGCUAUCACACCAACCCUGAGUUCCAAACUUAUUGGAGUACAUAAAAAGUACAGAAAAAGACCUUCUGGCCUUCAUUUUAUUGGGUCUAAAAGGCCAAAACCACACUCUAGAAUCAUUUCUAAGAUAAUGGAAAUUGGACUUGAAGAUGAUGGUUUGAAGCAGGAAGAAACAGACACAUUAGUCGAUGCGGGACAACCAGAUAUUGUAGAAGCCCAGCCUGGUAAAUCAAAGUUUGUCAAAAACAUCAAGCACUUCAUUAUGCCUGUUGUAAGUGCCAGAUCCUCACGAGUGAUCAAGACUCCGCAAAGGUUUAUGGAUGACGCUGGAAUGUCGGUCUUGCCUCGAAGAAACUCACCAAAGAAGGGUUUACAACUGGGCUUGCAAAUGCGCCCGGGAAAGAGGCGAGAUGAUGGGACGGGCAGAGCAAUAUCCCCCAUCCUGCCGAUUGACGAGGAGGACAUAUUGAGUGAAGCUCAAUUGGAUGUCGAUCUGUUUUCAGCUCAGGACCUAGAUGAUGACAUCGAUAUAGCUGACAGCCUAUUUUCUGAGAGAAAAAGUGGCAAAAUUGAAAAGAAGAAGUCUCUUCUAAAGAACUCUUCUUUCAAGUGGCAUGUGCCAGAAGAGUUGAGCAAGGAAGUAUAUACACUGGACAAAACGUCAGAGGACAAAUGUGAGGAUCGGUUUUUAUCUACACCAGUUGAUAAGCCCACAGAACUAUCUACUGACCUUGAUCCCCUUAAAAAGAAAAAUUCCCCGAAGUUUAAUAAACAAGCGGCUCAACUCAAGAUCUAUCAAAGGCUUAAAAAGGCGCACACAGGACUUCCCAAAAGCAAAAACACAACAGAGACGCAUAGCGUGAGUAAACCUCUUCAGCCUCCUGUUGAUUUGGCAGAAGGACUCGACGAUGAGGCCAUGAGCAUCAGCCUUAGGCAACGGAAUACAAACGCAGAGAAGGGCAAAUCCAAGCUCAAGAUGGAAGACCUCGAUUCUCCUGGAGUGGUGAGAAAGCUGUCUGUGUGUGUUAGGACUCUGAACUCCAAGUCCCUUGCACUUCAGCAUGGCAAAGAGGAGGAUUUGGCAACGACUGUCCAACUUCACUCAGGAGAUCCGCAGGCAGAACAGAACUCAGGUGAUGGCGAUUUUCCCGGAUCUGCGGAGAAGGGAGCUUCACAACGAGCGCGCCUCACUGGCGCAAACAAAAGAAUGUUCAAUCUCCUCAGGAAAGCCAAGGUCCAGCUCAUUAAGAUCGACCAGCAGAAGCAGCUCAAGUCAUCUGGGCUGUUAUCUGGCCCGACUGGCGGCAGGUCUCGAGAUGUGACCUCUAAGAGACAAAGGAGGAAGCAGAGGGCUCAGCUCGAUUCUGAUGUUUCAGUCAAGACGGAGCCACCUCAAGGACAACCACAGCUCAUCUCCCCGCUGUGCCAGGAGUUCCGUCGAGCAGGAGGUCCACGUAUCAAGCAUGUGUGUCGUGCUGCAUCUGUGGUGCUAGGACAGCCUCGAGCCUUGGUACCAGAUGACAUUCCCAGACUUAGCGCCUUGCCUCUGCAUGAAAGAACUGGCAUUUCUCCUUCGGCCAUCCCUAAAGAUGUUGGGUCUCCCUCUGAAUCAGACAGUCCCGGGCUGUCGGAUCCAAAGGUCAUCAAGGUCAAGAAGCCGUCGAAUUUUGUGAAACGGAAAGGACUCGGGCCAUUCGGGUAUCGCUCUCGGAGGUGUGGAGUAUGCAAAGGCUGCAAUCACGAGGAUGAUUGUGGCAAGUGCAUGAACUGUCUCGACAAACCCAAGUUUGGUGGUCCCAAUACCAAACGGCAGUGUUGUGUGUACAAGAGAUGUGAUCAAAUUGAAGAGAGAAAAGCACGCAGACUAAGUGGAAGAACAGCACCCAAAGGUGCCUCUAAGCGACGGAGAUCCUCUCUCAGCGGGGGUCAUUCGAGUAAUGACGAAGGUAUUGAGGGUGCUGCGGACUCACCAUCUGGUCUCCAGGGUGACGGCCACAGUCCGUCGGUAAGGAAGCAGCCAAAGCGCGUUGUGAAACCCCGCGUCUACUUUGACCUGGUGGAUUACGACUCUGAUCUAGAUGACAAAGCUGUCUCAAGCUCUGCCUCGCCCGCCAGGAGAAGGGGCGCAGGAUCCCGUUUCAAUCAAGACUUUGUGUCACUGGAUGGAUUCCUUGGAGACAUUUCAGAUGAAGAAGUCAGACAUCGAAAGUCCAGUUCGCACCGCGUACCAUCUGUUCGACGUAAACCUGAGAAGGGUCCUUUGGAGCAGACUCCCCCCAGUGUCCUGGCUGCCCUGGCCCAUGGAUUUGAGCAGCGAGACACUGAGUCUUCUAAACCUACUUACAAAAUCCGGGUUGACUUCAAGGAGGACUGUACUUUGGACAAUGUCUGGAAUAUGGGUGGUUUAAGUAUAUUGACCUCUGCACCGGUUAUGCCGCCCUAUGUCUGCUUCCUGUGUGCCAGUAAAGGGCAACAUGAGAUGCUGUAUUGCCAAGUAUGCUGUGAGCCCUUCCACCAGUUUUGCCUUGAUCCAGCGGACCGCCCCUCUGAAGAGAAUAAGGAAAACUGGUGCUGCCGUCGCUGCAAGUUUUGCCAUGUGUGCGGCAGGAAAAACAAGCAAUCAAAGCCGUUGUUGGAGUGCGAACGAUGUCAGAACUGUUAUCAUACUUCCUGUCUGGGACCCAACUAUCCAAAACAAAACAAGAAGAGGAAAGCUUGGGUGUGUAUGACAUGCAUCAGGUGUAAAAGUUGUGGCGUCACACCGGGGAAGAGUUGGGACACUGACUGGAACCACGACAAAGGACUCUGUCCAGACUGUUCAAAACUCAAUGAACUGGGUAACUACUGUCCAAUCUGCUUCAAGUGCUAUGAGGACAAUGACUAUGACAGUCAGAUGAUGCAGUGUGGCACCUGUAACCACUGGGUACAUGCGAAGUGUGAGGAUCUAACAGAUGAGCUGUAUGAGAUCCUGUCCAGCUUGCCAGAGAGUGUCGUGUACUCAUGUCGGCCAUGCAGUGUGACCCAGCCCAGUGCCUGGAGAGAGCUGCUCUACAUUGAGCUCAGGUCUGGUGUGGAAAAGGUGCUGGCUUGCUUGCUCUCCUCCACCCUUACCCAGCACCUUGUGGUCUGCUCACAGUGUGAAAGGUUGGUUGAUCCGGACAGUGGCAUAGAAGGACAGCCAGCCUGUGACCUCCGAGCUGUCGGCAAGAAGUUUGACAAAGGCCUUUAUACUACAUUGAAAAUGUUCCAUGAAGAUGUGGUUCAGUUGGUGCGAAAGAGGCUUGAGCAAGAGGAAGAUCUUCCAGAGGAGCAGAGACCUACUGCCCUGGCACGCUCUUACUACUUAAAGCUCCUUGAGGAAGUAUUUAAUUGGUUCAACAGCCAAGAUCCAAAGGUGUGGAACUCUUGUACCAAAGACUUGCCCAUGGGGAUGCUGUCCCAUGCUGUCCAUCCUCCUACAACAGAGCAUGUUUACGCUCAGUGGCAGGAGAGGGAGGAGCUCUCGUCCAGGGCUCCGCUGGGAGUCCUGCAAGAGGACAAUGGACAAAGCUUAGAUGUAAAGGAAGAGGAGGCCGUUUCUCCGUUGUCUGGGGAACCAACAAGCCGGAACAACUUCAAAAUCAGCAGGGCUGUCAGGCUCAAAUUCAAAGGGAAAAGGGGCCGCCUUUCAAAAGCUGAUUUAGACACCGGAUGGUCUAAGGAUGACGAGAGACAGUGCUCUUUGUGUCAAAAAUAUGGCGACCUCAAACGUAAUGAAGCGGGCCGGUUGCUGUACCUGGGCCAGAAUGAGUGGGCACAUAUCAACUGCUGUCUGUGGUCAGCUGAGGUGUUUGAAGAAGACAAUGGCUCUCUACUACAUGUACACAGUGCUGUCACAAGGGGCCGCUUGAUGCGAUGUGAACGCUGCAACCAGACAGGUGCCACAGUGGGCUGCUGUCUGACAUCUUGUCAAAGCAACUAUCACUUCAUGUGCGCCCGCUCCCGCCACUGCGUGUUCCAGGAUGAUAAGAAGGUCUAUUGCUACAAACACCGACAUCUCAUCAGUGGCAAGAUGAUAACUGGUCAAGACUUUGAAGUAAACCGCAGGGUUUAUGUGGACUUUGAGGGGAUCAGCCUCCGCAGAAAGUUUUUGACUGGACUGGAACCGGAAUUAAUCAACAUGAUGAUUGGUUCCUUACAGAUUGACCAACUCGGUGUGCUGACAGAACUUUCAGCGAGCAAAGGAAAACUGUUUCCUGUGGGUUUUCAGUGUACCCGUUGGUAUUGGAGUACAGUUAAUCCAUUGCGCCGGUGCAAAUAUACAUGUACAGUGCGGGAGGUCCGGCCUGUUGUCCCUGAGAAGCCUGUUGAGGAGAUGCCUGACCAAGGAGACAAUAACACCAUUGCUCACAACCCCUGUCCACUACCUGAAUCUGAAGCCCAAGAGAUUGAUAUAACGGAGUCCCAACCCCCAAUGGAGGAAACCUUUAUCCCGGGACCUCCCCCCAAGUUGGAUCACGGUGCAAGGCCGAAGAUUCCCAGGAGACCAGCUGGAGGAAUGUCCCGACCUCUGCCAUCCCCAGGAGUAAUCCAGUCGAAACCCCACCACAUACUCACCAUAAGUGAUCUGGAUGAUACUCGAAGGGUUCGUCGCCACAGCCCACACUCGCAGACAACAGGCCUCCGCAGUCACAUGCCCCCCCCUCCUAUUGGCCCUCUGACUGGACCAAUCACCCUCCGUGCUGGAAAGUCUUCCCUUCCCACUUCCCCACUUUUCCCACUUGGUGCUCCAGACAACCUGAACUCUCCAUCAUCCCGCCCAGACGGAGGUAGAAGUGCUUCCUCAGUCCGAUGCCCUGGGAAUACAAUGACCCAUUGUGCCUCAUCUUUCUUUCCUCAGUCUGCGUGGCAGGAGGGUGCAGGAAGCUUUCCCUCUCCAAGUCUGUCUUUCUCGCCAUCCAUACAAAACCUUCCCAGAAAUCGAUUGUCAUUUGAUCUGAACCAGUCAGACUCAGUCGAGGUGCCGCACAACUUCUUAGCUUCACCAGAGCCUGAAGAUGUCUCUCCAGCUAAUGGUACAUCACCCCAGGGGGGUUUAGACCAGCAGAAAGAUGAAGAAGUGUUUCCCUACAGUUCAUUCCACAAGGAUCCCAACAUCAGUCUGGGCCAAGAGAUGAGGACAGAACUGGAAAUUGAAGAGACACUCCUGAAUGAAGGCGUGGCAAUGAACUGUGGAGGACAAAUAGUGGUGGAAGGUGAUGAUCAGGAGGAAUUUUGGGGAAGAGCCCAAGAGGUGCACAAGAGGAAGACUCUUGUUGCCAACCUUCCGCGGUCUGCAGCCUCAGCCAGGGAUGACGUAGGCAACACCUCUUCCGAUGAUGAUAUGGAGCACUAUUUUGACUUCUCACGAACAAUAGUCAGCUGUCCCGGAUCAAAAGAUCAUUCCAAGUCUCCCUCCUCCCCUUCCUCCCGGCCUAUGGCUCAGCUGGAUGGUGUAGAUGACGGUACAGAGAGUGAUGCAAGUAUAGUGACCAACGAUGAUGCUCAGGGUUCUAGUCAAGGUCCAAUACAAGCCAAAAGCCUAAAUAAUAAAAAUGUGCCUGAAUCGGACACUAAAAACGGCACACAGGCUGUUCAGAGUCUGUUUCCCAAAGCAUCAUCCAAAGAUAAGCAUUCGGAUUCGUCAUCAGUCCCAAUCUCAGUUGCCAGCAAAAGUCCUACAGAUAGUUCACCUCAAGAUCGACCUAAAUCCUCUGACACUCCUUCAUUAAAUCAGGAGAUCGUGCUUCCUAAUCCAGUUCGUGAUGCUCAGCCUAACUUACUCACAAAGGUGCCUGAGUUAUUCCAGAGUUCCCGUUUUUCCUCUGGAACAUCUCUUGUUCUUGAGAGAUGUGACACUAGUCCACUUGAGACCCAACAGUCUGGAACUUAUAAACCCCUGAAGUCAGAGCCUGACAGAAGCCACUCUGCUGUGUUGAUUAACCACCUAACAGCUAAUACAGUGAAACCCUCAUCAGCAGAUGCUGCCGAUAACAGUCAGGGCACCCUUCUGGAUCUUCUUCAGCCCUCCCCUGUACCGUCUACAGAUGUACAGAACCCGUCUCAAGGCCUUGUAGACUCUAUGCAGAUGUAUUCCUGUUUUCCAGGUUUUAGUCAGCCUCCUUUAACAAGUAUAACACUUCAGCCAGUAACAUCCUCACAGGAGUUAACCUUCCCAUCCAUGGGGCCUUUGUCUACUAAACUUACCACGCUCAGUCCUGUCGGAGACAUAACACAAGCACUGCUAAACGUUGCCCCUCAAAAAGAUCCACUGCGAUCAGUUAUGUCAGGCCCUGGUCCCCCAGCAGGAACAUGUGGAACGGUCUCUCUACCGAUCUACUCCACACAAACACAGCCAUUGGGUUCUACAGCUGUCACCAUCGUUUCUUCUUCUGCAUCAAUAUCGUCUCUUUCUGUAAUGUCAACACAAUGUUCAAAUGCUCAAACGUCAGUCCAAACCACCUCAGCCCCUGUGAUCUUAAACGGUUACAGCGCUUCAUCCGUGCAGAAGGAAGCCGCAUCGGGUCACACAAUCUCCAUCAACUUUUCUUCACCCAGGCAAGUUUUAGAACCUCAACAGCCAGUGCUUCCCCAGGCUUUACCCGGACAUGCUAUUCUUACUGUGAAGGAGGUGGGAGGUCCCAAUGUGGAUCCUACACCACAUGUUCUGCUGGUGAACCGCCUCGGGCAGAUCUUCGUGAAAAACCCUGAAAGCAACACUUUCCAGCUGCCCACUCCCAGCUCCUCCUCCUACAACUGCGUCACCCAGAUCGCCAGCCUUUUGCAAAGCAAUGCCCUGUCGGCCACACUGGCAGCAGCUGGUAAUAUGACUGCUCCACUCCCUGGGGGCAACGUUGCGACAGCAGUUCCUCCAACAGUUACACCCACAGUUCAGAAUCCGACCACAAUAACUCAGCUGCUCACUCACAACAGCAACGGUGCAGUGACAUCAGUUGAUGUGAAGAAGCCAAGAAAGACUGUAAAAACACCAAAAGAUGAAACUGCUCCAGAGUUGAAAAAAACAAAGAAGAAGAAGGAUUCUAGUGCAGCCAAAAAAUCCAAGUCAUCCAAGGCCUCAGGGCAGCCUGCUCCGUCAACUGAGAAUCUGCCCAUGACUUCUGCUGAAAGUGCUCAGGCAAUUAUCAAUCAAGCGAUGGCGAGUAACUACACCCCCAAGUGGAGUGGGCUUCGAACACUAAGCCCUUCCUCACUCGUGUUGCCACCUGGCCUAUUGAUUGAGCCGGAGCCUCCAGUGUUGCCUAGCUCUCCAUCAGUAACACCAACACCAGCUCCCGCACCCCAACCCCGCACACACGUCCGCAUGAAGAGAGUGUCUUCACUUUCAGACCGUAUUGUCACAAAGAAGUCUAAAGUUGACUUCCUAAAACCGGAGCCCCCCAGUGAGGAAGAAGAGCGCCGCAGACCUAUCUUCCCAAGCAUCUCCAGCAGGGCUUCAGGAGUCCGCAUCAAGACCCCCACAGUGAAAGGAGUGCUGAACCUGGAUCAGUUAAAGGAGGAGCAUAUAAGCGAGUCCGAUAGCUCAGGAUCAGAGCCUUGGGAUUAUAUGUCUCAGGGCGAACAAGGCAAAACGCAUGCAUGGGAGCCGGUGGGGCACAGCACCCUGACUGACUGGAAGAAAUACUCUGGCGCUGCUUCUACCUCAGAUGAUGAGCCACCGCCGUCUGACAAGGAGGAGGAAUAUCAGACUAACAGAGACUAUCCACACUUAAGAUUUGAGAUAACCAGUGAUGAUGGUUUCAGUGCAGAGGCAGACAGCAUUGAGGUGGCUUGGAAAGCCGUGGUAGACGGGGUGCAGGAGGCACGAGCUCUUGCGAGGUUGAGACCUCUGACCUUUCAGAGGAUCACCGGCGCCCGUAUGCUGGGUCUGGUCCAUGAUGCAGUGGUGUUCUUGCUGGAGCAACUUCAAGGGGCCCACCGCUGUCAACGCCAUGCCUUCCGUUUCUUCAAACAGUUCACCCAGGAGGACGACCUCCCUGUCAAUCCCAGUGGCUGUGCCCGCUCCGAGCUGUACCUUAGGAAGUCCACAUUUGACAUGUUUAACUUCCUGGCUUCUCAGCAUAGACAGCUUCCUGACAUUGGGCCUUAUGACGAUGAGGAAGAUGAGGUUCUUUUGAAGUCGACAAGACGGGCUACUAGUUUGGAGUUGCCCAUGGCCAUGCGCUUCAGACAUCUGGAAAGGACAUCCAAGGAGGCAGUAGGCGUGUACAGGUCUGCUAUCCAUGGCCGCGGUCUUUUCUGCAAGAGGAACAUCGAAGCAGGGGAGAUGGUUAUUGAAUAUGCAGGUAUCGUCAUUCGCUCAGUGCUCACUGACAAAAGGGAAAAGUACUACGAUGGCAAGGGUAUUGGCUGUUACAUGUUCCGCAUUGAUGACUUUGAUGUGGUGGACGCAACCAUGCAUGGAAACGCAGCGAGGUUCAUCAACCACUCCUGUGAACCUAACUGCUACUCUCGGGUGAUCAACGUGGAAGGCCGAAAGCAUAUCGUCAUCUUUGCUCUUCGGAAGAUCUACAGAGGGGAGGAGCUCACCUAUGACUACAAGUUCCCCAUUGAAGACGCCAGCAGCAAACUCAACUGUAACUGUGGGGCCCGACGAUGUCGGCGUUACCUCAACUGAGACAUCCCUGUAUGAAAAUGGGAGGAUCCUGUUUACUAGUAAGCCUUAAAUUAAGGUGGAUUGGGCUUGGGGGGGUGGGGGGGUUAGCGGGCAGUCCACACAGAAGGGGAAUUCGCCACUAUGAGACCAGUCCAAAAUAUUUGGCUGGUCAGAAGUGAUAAUUGGACAUUUUUAUAGAUUGUAGAAGAAGAAGAGGAGAACCUUCACGGAAAGUUAAUAUCAGGCAAGUUCCUUGUUUUGCCUGUGAAAGGGUUCAGAUGUACAGAGCAACGUCUUUACCACAGCAGUAAAUAUUGUUGAGGAAGUGGUUUUGGUGUUCAUGUAAACAGGAUAUUUAAACCAGAUGUUAAAAAUGUAGGGCGUUCCUGGAUCAGUAGAGGUGACACCAACAGGAUUUCUUUGAUACACACGUCAAGCCUUAUCUGUUUUGAAUCAUUGCUGAAAACCUAUAGCUAGGCUUUGAGAGAUUCCUUAUAUGUUUUAUUCAUUUCUAGGGGGAGGGGUAUGUCUGUCUAUAGUACACUUGUAAUCAUGAUUGCUCCAUCCUCCAGUGAUGGGAACAUUAUAACCCCAUCCGUGCAGUGGUGAAGUCAGUUUUUGAGCCAUACAUUCACUCAAACCUUUAUUUGUGUGUUUUAUCUUGCAUUUAACACUUCUAGCGUUGUUAAUAGUUUUUUAUUUUUUAGACUUUUUUUUUUGUUUCUCGGGAAUUACAAAACAACCGCGGUGCUAAGUUUGGAAAGGUCUUUAGUUGGACAAAGAUGUCCUGCAAAUCAGGAAUUGUUUAGCUGUUUAUUCACCCCGCUGAGACCGUUUAUCUUAAUUGUAUGCCCUCGAGCAGUAAUCCCAUCGUCAUUGGAAUGUAAAGUGUCUGCUAAUUUUCACACUUUAGGAUGUUGGUUGGCCGUGUGUCAUCUACUCUCUUCCUAUGUUGACUUUUAAAAAGAUAGCAAUCUAAAGGUUUCCGUCAGUAACAUGGUGUCAUAUUUAUAAAGACAGAAACGUGUCUUUAAGGUUUUCUUUCUAGAUGUACAGUGUAUGUAGCAAACACUACCCAAGCCAAAAGUGAAGAGUUGUGGUGAAUAUCAGUUUUUAAAAUAUAUAUUUUAUUUCUCCCAUAGCAGAUGCUCAUUACCUAUUGCAAUAAGAUGUUGCUGCCCUACAGUUGCACAUAAAUAACCAUCAAACGUACAACGUUAUCUUCAUCUUUGUGAAACCUGCUACAGUUUAUCUCUUAAUCAGAGAGAGCACUGGUACAAGGCAUCGCCACCGUGUGUGUGUGUGUGUGUGUGUGUGUGUGUGUGUGUGUGUGUGUGUGUAUUCAGCUCCUGCACCAGGCUUGUCGACAACUUUCUAGAUGUUGCCGAAAACAUUCAGUGUGAAAUGGUGCUGAGAGAAUGCACUCGGCACCUUUAAAAUAAUGUUUAAUGUUGUUCUUAGUCGAUGUUCAGUGCCGUCAUUGAUAAGGCUAAUCUGAUUCACACACUGUUCAAAUUAGUAGUAAUAUUUAUUCAUGUGAUUUGAUUUCUAUUUUUAAUGGUAAAAGGUUGUGCUUUGUAUAAACGGUGGCGGUCUAGUGUAUUAGGAGAUCUCCCCCUUAUUUGUAUCUUCUUUUUUUGUUUUGUUUACAACUGAUAUCCUUCUACUAAUUUACUUGAAUUUUCAUUUAGGGGCAGUUGUGUCAUCCAUUUAAGCCUUUAUGACAGAAGUUGUUCUAAAGCAGGUAUUUUUAAAGAAUCCUUUUUAUUUUUUGUUACGGUAGAUUACUGACGGUCUUAGAAUCAGCCACAGGAGUAAAGUGAGCACUGUUUGCCUCCCCAAGCCCAUGAUCAUCUUUGUUUUUUCCCCCACACCAUCAUGUUUUGUCUUGAUCUUAAUCCCCUUUCCUUCUUGCAUGUCCAAUCACUGGGAUGGAGCCCAGAAAAUAACUUGUGUCAAUCACCUAGCUGACAACAAGAGCAGAGUCACUCCCAACUCCUUGCAAGGAUUCUACCUCAGCUGUUUAUACAGAUGUUUGGGAAUACUGAUGCAAAAAGAGAGGAUGAUAAUUUAAAGAGUAGCUUGGUUUUAAUGUCCUGCAGAGCUGGUGAGUGUGUGCCUGUUUGUGUCAUUUUGUGUGUGUGUGUGUGUGUGUGUGUGUGUUUGCUAUGAAGGAUAGAAAGCACUAGUCAAAACCUGAAGUUAUCAUGACCAUCUCUCCCAGAAUCUGUUAAGAAAGCUGUAUGUUAUAUAUACACACACAUAUAUAUAAAAAAAAAAAAUUAUAUAUAUAUAUAUAUAUAUAUAUAUAGUAGGGUUAUUUUAAAGUGUAAAAGACAUAAAAAUGAGAAAAUAUGUGAUCUUUAAAUUUACGUCUUUGUUACCAUGUACAAAUAAACCCUGGGUUUGUAAAUAUUUGUAUACAUAUUUCUAAACCUGUUUAAUUUUUCUAUGCACUUUUUUAUUUAUAAUGUUAUUUGCUUAAUAAAGAUGUUAAGAUGUUUGAACAAA